UCCCUCUUCUUCUUUCUCUUGGUUGAGAUUACAAUCAACAAUUCUGAGGGAUCUCUUGAUCCUUCUCUCUCUCUCUCUCUCUCUUCCUCUCUUCGUCAGAAAACCUUCAACAUUUUUUCUGGUCAAGAAAAGAAAAAUCCAUGCGUUCAAGGUUUACGGGAGUUGCAAAGCUGUAACGAUCGUUAAAUCUUGAACGUAGAGAUUGUCUCCGGCGUGUGGGUGGUUUACACACAAACCGGAUUCAAAACCUUCAUUAAGAGAAAUGGCGACGACUAUGAAAGGCCUUCUUAAGGGCCUUCGUUACAUUACUCAAAUUUUUGAAGACGAAGAGAAAGAAAAGGAGAUGCAGAUAGGGUUUCCGACCGAUGUAAAGCAUGUUGCCCAUAUCGGCUCUGACGGUCCAGCCGCCAAUACGCCAAGCUGGAUGAAUGACUUCAAAUCUCAAGAAAAUGAGAACGCUCAAGUAGUUUCAAGAGGCAACUCCAACAAAUACAACCCUCAAGAGAUGAACCAACGUGGAGCGGGGCUAAAAGAGCUACUUCCUCCGACCACAAACGAGAAACCGAAACAUAAACACAGGCGUAAACCAGGAAGCAGCGGGAACGUUGCAUCAUCAGAGGAACCAGCGAAGCACUCAUCAAGACAUAACCGAAGCAAACACGGUUCGAUGGACUCAUCGUCUAGUGAUCAAGAGCCUUCAGUACGUAGAAGGCGUAGUGGUGAAGGUUCUACUAAUCCUUUUCCAGAUGGUUCAGCUCCUCCACGGAAGGGUAAACCAAGGAAACAAAAAGGAUCAAUAGGAGGAGAAGGGUCGGUGAGGAGAUCAUCAAAAGGUAAACCAGAUACUGAGAGUUGAGUUUGAUACAUGUAAUGA